AUGUCCUCUUCGAAGAGUAAAUCUGGAAGCUUAGAUGUGGACGUGAAAUCUGUGAAUAUAGCCGAAUGCGCACAAGGUUCGACAAAGACGCCAUCGCCGGCAUUCACGCCGGAACAACAGAAGAAAUUAUGGCGAAAGAUCGAUGCAAGGAUUAUGCCCGUCCUCACGAUUAUGUACCUAUUCUCCUUCAUGGACAGAGGAAAUAUUGGCAAUGCGAAGCUAGAAGGCCUUACGUCUCAGCUGCAAUUAACAGGAAAUAAAUACAACAUCGCUCUCACGAUGUAUUUCAUUGUUUGUCUUCCCUUGCUCACAAUGUCGUUGCCAUUUAAUCCUCAAAUUAGCCAUACUGUUUAUUCGAAUGCCCAGCAAAGUAAGGAAGUAUUGAAGAAAUUCCGACCAUCUAGGUGGCUACCAGGAAUCACACUUCUCUGGGGAACCAUUAUGGCUCUGAUGGGUCUCGUUAAAACGUAUCCGCAACUUGUGGGCACUCGCAUCUUGCUUGGUGUCACGGAAGCGGGUCUAUUCCCUGGCGUUGUCUACUACAUGACUCUCUGGUACCCUCGUCAUAUGCUACAACUUCGUGUGGGCGUGUUUUAUGGCGGCGCGACACUCGCAGGUGCUUUCUCUGGCCUGCUGGCAUACGGUAUCUCCUUCAUGUCAGGUACAGCCGGCAUGCUGGGGAAGAUCAUCGAAGGAAUUGCCACAGUUAUAGUUGGAUUCAUUUCAUUUUUUAUACUUGUGGAUUUUCCGGAUACUGCCACAUUUCUCACUCCCGAAGAACGUGCAUAUGUUAUCUGGACUAAGAAGUAUGACAAUUCCUCGGUUGGCGAAGAAGAACACUUCGAACUCAGGCAUUUGAUUGCUGCAUUCACGGAUUGGCAGAUAUGGUUGCAAAUCUUAGUCUACUUUUCAAUCGUUAUGCCCUUAUACGGAAUAACAAUAUUUUUACCGACAAUCAUCAACGACUUUGGCUACAACACAGCUAUUAGUGAAUUGCUCACAGUUCCUCCUUACGUCUUCGCAACGAUACUUGUAGUAGUGUUCGCAGCAUGGUCCGACCACAUCAAGAUGCGAUCUCCAUUUAUUAUCGUUGGGCUUGCCAUGUGUCUCUUUGGGUUCGCUAUCAAUAUAUCGGAUGCGCCAAACGGCGUCAAGUACUUUGGGACGUUCUUCUGCGUAGCCGGAGCUUACGCCGCUUUCCCUGGAAGUGUAGCCUGGCUCGGAAACAAUUUAGCCGGCCAAUAUAAACGAGCUGUGGGCAUGGCUCUUCAAAUUGGCGUAGGAAAUUUCAGCGCAGCGAUUGCGUCCAACGUAUAUAUCUCACAAGAUGCACCGCGAUAUAUCAUGGGCCAUGCUAUCGCUCUCAUGUUUAUUGGCAUCGGCUUUAUAUUCUUGCCCCUCACUGUGAUAAUAUACAAGCAUAUCAACACCAAAAGAGACAUUGCGGCGCUCAACAUGCGCAAGAGGUAUACCGACGAUGAGCUACGCAGGAUGGGCGACCGUGCUCCUGACUUCCGCUACACUUUAUGA